AUGGCCCAAGGCGCCGCCGCCGCCCCUCCGCCCCGGCUCCUGCCCCUGCUGCUGCUGCUGCUGUGGAGCGGGGCGGUGGGCCCGAGCGCGCCGCCCCCGCCCGCCCCUUGCCAGGCCCCGGCGCAGUGGGAGGGCCGCACGGUGCGCUACGACCACCGCACCGGCAAAAACACCCGCGCCCUGCUGGCCUACGACGGGCCCGGGCGGCGCCUGCGGGUGCUGGAGGAGAGGAAGGGGCUCAUCCCUUGCAAGAAAUUUUUUGAAUACAUAUACCUAUAUAAAGAUGCAGUGAUGUUUCAGAUUGAGCAGGUCACAAAGCUGUGCUCCAAGAUGAGUUUGACUGAGCCGUGGGAUCCUUAUGAUAUUCCAGACAAUUCAACCUAUGAAGAUCAGUACUAUAUCGGGGGACCUUCGGAUCAAAUUAUGGUACAGGAAUGGUCUGAUAGAAAACCAGCUAGGAAAUUUGAAACCUGGGUUGGAGUUUAUACAAUGAAGGACUGUUACCCGGUUCAGGAAACCUACACCAAGAACUACAGCAUGACAGCCUCCACCCGCUUCUUUGAUCUAAAGCUGGGGAUAAGCGACCCGUCCGUAUUCACUCCUCCCAGCACCUGCCAAACAGCUCUGCCAAAAAUGAUGAGUGACGAAUGUUGAUGGUGGAUGUUG